CCGCGAUAGAGGAGCGCUGCGAAUCCAAGGGGCCUGGGGCGGGGCCGGCGCGUGCGCAGAAGGCUUAGAGGACAGGCGGGAAAAGACAAGAUGGAGCGACAGGCAGUGGACAUACCCCACGCAGAGUGCAAGGACCAGGAGCCACAGCCUUUGGGAGACAGCAAGGAGCAGCAGCAGGGUGAGGAGAGCCACGAAGAGGAAGCUGGUCGGGGGCCAGCUAGAAGUCAGGAUUCUAGCUCCUCUGUUGCCACCUCCAGUGCCAGUCACCAGCUGGUGAUGCUGGAAGGGAAGUCAGGACCCUACUUUUCCUCUCUGGACUCGAGCAUCGAGAUCCUGAAGAAGAGGGCCCAGGAGCUGAUCGAAAAUAUUAACGAGAGCAGGCAGAAGGACCAUGCACUCAUGACCAACUUCAGGGACAGCCUCAAGAUCAAGGUUUCGGACCUGACAGAGAAACUAGAGGAGAGGAUGUAUCAGCUUUAUAAUCACCACAACAAGAUUAUUCAGGAAAAGCUCCAAGAGUUCACUCAGAAAAUGGCAAAGAUCAGCCAUUUGGAAACAGAGCUCAAACAAGUGUGCCACACUGUGGAGACUGUGUAUAAAGACCUAUGUGUCCAGCCAGAGGCUACUACUUUGGAAGAACAUACCCAUAAAGAUGGUGAAUGCUGACAGCUUUCUGAGACAGUCACCUCUUAGUGACAGCCACCAAGAGAAGGCUCAGAGGCCACUGUUCUGGCCACACUGAGAAAAUUGUUUUUCACAGUUCUGUAUUGCAUCUUAGCAAAAACAAACAAACUUGGGCCAUACCCAAAGGCAGCAAGUCCAGCCACCAUCAUGGGUCCAGCUUUGGUGUCCCCAACAUGUGGCAAAUUUAUCCCACCCCAGUGCUGCACAGUUCAUUAAAUGUUUGAUUUUCAACCGAGCCAAGCUUCCUUCCCACAGUGGUGGAGAGCUCUGAUGGGCUCUGGAAACACAUCAGGCCCUUUCUCAUCGACAGGAGGGAUGGGUAGGCAAACACCUCUUACUGGCUUGUACACCUGAGCCACCCUGUCCUGAAGCUGUCACCCACACCCCACGCCUUUGAGUCUGGGCAACACUUUAUGUUCCUCAGUGCUCUCACUUGCUCUUCCCCAGCUUCCAGGGGCAUAAGGCAGAGAUUACUGCCUCCCUUAUAUAGAGCAAAAUAAUUAUUUACUUACUUUUUAAAAAAGAUUUUAUUUAUUUAUUUUUAGAGAAAGGGGAAGUGAAGGAGAGGAGGGAAACGUCAAUGUGUGGUUGCCUCUCACACGCCCC